AUGGCGGAGAAAGACAUCUUCCCAUUCUUCGAGUUGGCAGCUGAGCUGCGCAACUCGAUCUACGGAGUAUGCCACGAAUCGCAGAGUGGUGCACAAGAGCCAGAAAACACUCAGCCUUUUUGUCAACAACGCGCCACGCCCGGAACUCCUCCUCGUCAACCGUCAGCUUUCGACAGAGUAUUCGCAGUGCGUGAGAAAAUUGACGAAUCUGGAGAUACGUGAUUACUGCGCCAGAGACCUCGAACUCCCUGCCAUUCCGCGCGCACUGGCAGAUUUCAAGAUUGUGAAAGCCUACCUCCAACUCUGCGGUGACGAUCCACAAGAGGUGGAGUCUCAGGAGGGUUGGCUUCAACAGGCAAGUGCGCAAGCUCUCCUUGACAACGCUACCGUCUACCUGCAUAUCCCGAGUGACUCGACGAUGUGGGGAAACGUCAAGCAGUGGCCGGAGAAAGAAGUAGGCUACUGGGAUUUGAGGAGCGAGGUACACAAAUUGGCCACCAUCGCGAACAUGACUGAAUUCGAGUUGCGCUACUUCGCCUCGAUGGAAGACGGAGAGCAUGUGGAGCCGGGGGAAUCCAUGUUCGAGGCGGCCGGGACUUUAUUGGAGACGUGGACGAAGGCCGAGGGCUGGAAGCUACCUUCGCAACGUACCGAAGCAGAUGCAUCGAGAAGCCCGUAA